GGUUACCAUGGUAAUGGCUAGUGUCAUACAGAAGAUCAUACCUCACUAUUCUCUUGCUCGUUGGCUUCUCUGUAGUGGCAGUUUACGGUGGUAUCAGCAUCCUACUGAAGAAGAACUACGGAUUCUUGCAGGGAAACAAAGAGGGAAGACCAAAAAAGAUAGAAAAUAUAAUGGUCAUAUUGAAAACAAACCCCUAACCAUUCCAAAAGACAUUGAUCUUCAUCUGGAAACAAAAUCUGUGACUGAAAGAGACACUAUUGCAUUGCAUUAUUUUCCGGAAUAUCAGUGGUUGGUGGAUUUCACUGUUGCGGCUACAGUUGUGUACGUGGUGACGGAAGCCUAUUACAGUAUUGUGAAGCCCUCACAAGAAAUGAAUAUCAGCGUAGUGUGGUGUCUGCUUGUCUUGGCUUUUGCAGUUAAGGUACUGUUUUCGUUGACUACCCAUUAUUUCAAAGUAGAAGAUGGAGGUGAAAGAUCAGUCUGUGUCACCUUUGGUUUUUUCUUCUUCGUGAAAGCAAUGGCAAUUCUCAUUGUGACAGAAAACUAUCUAGAGUUUGGACUGGAAUCAGGAUUCUCGAAUUUCUCAGAAAGUGCUAUGCAGUUUCUUGAAAAGCAGGGUUUGGAAUCCCAGGGUCCUGUGUCUAAACUAACCUUCAAAUUGUUCCUGGCUGUUCUGUGUUCACUUAUUGGUGCUUUUUUGACAUUCCCUGGCUUGCGACUGGCUCAAAUGCAUCUGGAUGCUCUGAAUUUAGCAACAGAAAAAAUAACACAAACAUUGCUACAUAUAAACUUCUUGGCACCUUUAUUUACGGUUCUACUGUGGGUAAAACCAAUCACUAAGGACUACAUUAUGAACCCACCUUUGGGCAAAGAGAGCGUCCCUUUAAUGUCAGAAGAUACUUUUGACACCGUGAGGUUGUGGAUUAUAAUCCUGUUGUGUGUUUUACGGUUGGCUAUGAUGCGUCACCAUUUACAGGCCUAUCUGAAUUUAGCUCAGAAAAGUGUGGAUCAGAUGAAAAAGGAAGCUGGCAGAAUAAGUAUGGUUGAUUUACAGAAAAUGGUGGCUCGGGUAUUCUAUUAUCUUUGUGUAAUUGCACUGCAGUAUGUUGCACCAUUGGUAAUGCUCCUUCACACAACUCUGCUCUUGAAAACCCUAGGUAAUUAUUCUUGGGGUAUCUACCCGGAAUUGAAUUCUGACACUCCAGUAGAAAACAGUCUGCUUCCCAGUUCAGUUUAUUCUGAGUCUCCACCUGCUGAUGGAAAGAUGAAAGUAACUGUAGUACAAAUUACAAUGGCUUUGGGAAGCCUAAAGAAUAUUUUCACUCCUCUCCUGUUCCGGGGACUCCUGUCUUUCCUCACCUGGUGGAUUGCUGCUUGCCUCUUUUCUACAAGCCUUUUUGGGCUUUUCUAUCACCAGUACCUGACUGUGGCAUGAACAGGUCAACUGACAAAGCAAGUGUGAGGUCAAAUAGUAGAUACAAACCCAGGUACCCAAGAGGAGACGAAGAGAAAAGAAGAAAACUAUAUAUGAAGAGAAAACAUAUCAGAAUUUUUUUUAAACACUUCCUCUGUGUUCUCAGGGUGAAUAUUCUUAUAAAGUUUAAAAUCACAACUGGGUUUGUUAUUUUUGUUACCCAAAUGGUAGGUAACUAAUUGAACUAUAGUAUCGGGACUGACUGACGUUAUUGUGUGGCAGGCGGUGGUGAGCGUGCUGAAAAGAUACGACCUCUGAGUAUCUUGGUUUCCGUAAACAGCAAGCCAACCUCAAAACUUUGUGUUUUAAGCAUCAACAGUCAGUGACUAAACUGUGUUAGAAGGGUACUGGUUAUAGUGGUGGUGGCUGCCUAUCGAUUAAAUCUUGAAACUGAGCCAUACAAUGGAAGGAGA